CCCUUUAGAAAUUGUUAUCUGUAACUGUUAAAAACUGUUCACUUCCCUUGGAAUCAAAGGUAUUUAAAGCGUUUUGGAUUAGGUAAAAGUCAUACUGCCUAUUUGAUAGUGGCUUUGACAAUUUUUUAGGAUAUCUCGUAAUUUUUUAAUAGGAGCUGCCACUGUUGUUAAAUGGAUUACACUGUGCUUCUAGUUAUUCUAAGCGCAGUCAGUAUUCAAGGUACCCCAGAUGACGAUUUUAAGGUAUUUGCUGAAAGGUAUUGGCGAUGGCGCCUAGAAGAUGUACCGGAACUCGCCUCUAGUAUUGACGUGCACGAUUUCGAUGACCGAGUGGAACAGUUCACCCUUGAUAUAUUAGAUACUAGGAAGGACAAAGUGUCGAGUUUCUUAAAAGAGCUCGGCAGCACCAUCGACAGAAAUGGUCUAAGUCCAGCAAGGAAAAUAAGUUAUGACGUCCUUAAAGACACGCUUGAAACGUACCUCGCUGGAUAUAAAUGGAAAAGUUAUGGGCCAAUGAACCCUGUCAACUUUUCUUGAAGGACUUUGGACGGAUCCGCGUCUGCUGCGCCGACCAACCCGAAGACAUAUGAUGAGUUUUACAACUACAUUAUGAGGAUAUAUGGCUGGGGUGAUCAGGCAUUAAACUAUAUAAAGCGCAUGCGCAUAGCCAUUGAUAACGGAACAACCAAUCACUGGGUAUCAAUGGACGGUACUCUUAAUUCAAUAGAUAAGCUUGUAGGCUCAAGUGUCAUGGACAGUCCAAUGUAUGAACCAUUGAAUGAAACUCUGGAAAAUACAAACCUUCCAGAAGCUAACAAGACCGCUCUUAAACAAACUGCUAAUUUAACCAUGCCGUCAUUCCGUGAAAGUUUUAAAACACUACACAGAUUUAUUUUAGAGGAGUACAAGAAUGCGACAAGGAAUGGGUAUGGUGUUAAUUCCUUGCCUAACGGAGUAGAGUAUUAUAAGGCAUGUUUAAAAUGGCAUCUCUCUAUAGACAUCAGCCCCGAAGAAAUACACCAGAAAGGACUUCAGGAGGUGGCACGAAUCAACAAAGAGAUGCAGCAGGUUAUGACUGGUCUCAAUUAUACUGGCAGCAUCAAAGGGUUUUUCGAGAAGUUGAGCAAUGACUCUAGAUUUAUCAUUGAUUCACCGGACGAGACCCUGAAACGAUUUACAUUUAUCAUCAACGAUAGAAUAAAACCUAAACUUCCUUUACUCUUUAAGAAUAUUCCGGAUAGUCCGAUUGUUGUGAAAGAAAUGCCAUACGAUGGUCCAGGAGGAACGUAUUCAUUUGGCUCACCAGAUGGUUCCAGACCUGGAGUAUUUUAUGCUAAUGUACGACGACCAAAAGAUAACCCAACUUACAACAUGGUGGCAUUAGCUUUGCACGAAGCAGAUCCUGGUCAUCAUUUACAGGAUAUAUAUGCCCAGCAUUCUGUCGGGACACCUACUUUUCAGAAAGUGAUCGACUACACCAAGUAUUUCUCUGUUCCCUACCAUUUUCCCUUUUACACAUCGUUCACUGAGGGCUGGGGAUUAUAUGCAGAGUCUUUGGGAGAAAAAGAUCAGCUUGACAUUUACAAAGAUGAUUAUGAAAUGAUGGGACGCUACAGUUUUGAGAUUUUCCGGGCGUGUCGUCUAGUAGUAGACACAGGGCUCCAUUACUAUAACUGGAGCAGGGACAGAGCUAUAGAGUACAUGUUGAAUUACACGUCAUUUUCCCGCUCCUCAAUAGAGAUAGAAAUUAACCGUUAUAUAACAUGGCCUGGUCAAGCAACAGCCUACAAGAUCGGAGAACUGAAAAUUAAAGAAUUGAGACAAAAAGCGAUGGAUGCAUUAGGACCAAAAUUUGAUAUAAGAGACUUUCAUUCUGUGGUCUUAGACAAUGGUGCUAUUCCUUUGUCUGUUCUUGAGCGUCUAAUUGAUGAAUGGAUUGUUGAAGUAAACACAGAAGCUGAUAGCUUAGAAAAGAUAAUGAGUGAGUUUUGGAGUUGGCGGAUGAAAAAUUCACCGGAAUUUUCAACAACAUUACAAAUGUAUAAGUACAACGAUCAGCUUAAUUCCUACGCGUAUGAUAAAUUUGAAACUGACAGGGUAGGUGCACAGGGUUUUCUUGACCGUCUAUCGAACAUUGAUAAAUCAACACUACAAGAUGACAAAAAGAUAUCCUAUGAUAUACUGAAAGACAUGCUUGAUGUUUUCCUGGCUGGAUACAAAUGGAAAGACUAUGAGCCAUUAAACCCCUUUAACUUUUUGGAGGGUUGGACUGUAGGGUUUGAUUUGUUUUUGUCUGGAACGCCGUUCGAUACACAAGGCGAUUUUGUGAAUUAUGCAAGACGAUUGGAGCUUGCACCUAAACAAUUAGAGGAGAUGAUGAACCUUACAAGAAUGGCAAUUGCUAAUGGUCAUACAAGUCACAAUGCUUCAAUUUCCAGGGUUCCAAAACAGCUUGCAAACAUGAUACAGACAGAUCCAGUACAAUCAGAGCUCUAUAAACCAGUGAAUAAAUCUAUUUCAAAGGUCUUCCCCGACACAAAAUAUAGGUCUAUUGCAGAAGAAAGAAUAAAGGAUGCUAUUAUAGCAUUUAUGCAUAAGUUGACCGAAGUGAAAACAUUUAUUGAAACUGAAUAUAUGCCUAAAACAAGACGCGGACUUGGUAUUGGGUCAUUACCAAACGGAAAAGACAAUUACAAAGCAUGCUUACUAUUUCAUACGUCAAUAGAUAUCAGCCCAGAAGAUGUUCAUAACAAAGGUCUAUCUGAGGUCGCUAGAAUAGAAAAGCUUGUUCAGGAAAAAACGUUUAAUACUUUCGCCGUUGUUUUUCAGAGAAUGAAUAAUAUUGGAUUCCCAAGCACAACAACUAUUCCAGAAAUGUACCAAAAUAUUACUAAAGAUACGAGAUUUCUGUUGAAUACAUCUGAAGAGACUUUAGCUCGGUUUAAGAGCAUCAUUUACGACAGAAUACAGCCAAAGAUUUCAAAAUACAUAAGCAAUCCUCCAAACCUACCACUCGAAGUCCGAGCAUCAGCAUCAGAUGGUGUAGGAGGUGAAUACUGGACUGGUACGGCAGAUGGAUCCAGACCGGGUAUAUUCUAUGCUAACGUCCAUAAACCCGAAUAUAACCCUACUUAUAAGAUGGUUUCGUUAAGUCUACAUGAAGCUAUACCUGGUCAUCACCUUGCAGAAAGUUAUGGUAUUCUGUCAGACGUACCGGAGUUUAGAAAACAUUUUGAAUGGAUAAGUUAUAAUGUCCCAUAUUUCUUCCCAUUCUAUAAUGCGUUUGCUGAGGGCUGGGCAUUAUAUGCUGAGUUUCUUGGUGAGGAGAUGGGGAUAUAUGAAGACGACUACGAAAUGCUUGGUAGAUAUAGUGACGAAAUGUUGAGGGCUACAAGACUUGUGAUUGAUUCUGGGAUACACUAUUACAAUUGGACACGGGAAAGGGCAAUCAACUACAUGCUUAAUUAUACUGCCGAGACUGCUGACUCGGCUGCUAUUGAAAUUGAUCGGUAUGCGACGUGGCCAGGCCAGGCUUGUGGGUAUAAAAUAGGAGAAUUGAAAAUAAAAGAGUUAAGAAAGAAAGCAUCUGAUGCACUAGGAGAUAAGUUCAACCUUGCAGAUUUUCAUUACACAGUCUUAAGGAAUGGUGCAAUGCCUCUAGGCAUUUUGGAAACUACCGUUGAUGAAUGGAUCAGUACAGUGAAACAUGAUCAAAUUUCUGAGCCACCUAAAUGCGAGGACCCUAUAACAAGCAAAUCAACGGCUAUUGUUUGUAAUAUAAUAAUAUUGCUAAUGUGUUUAGGCUUUAUAACUUUAAUGGUUUAACAAUUAUGAGGAGACACAUUUUCAGCACAUUGUAUUAUAUUAUAUAAACCACUAUUACAAUCAUUAAUCUCUAUGAACUUAUUUCUAAUUACAUUUCAAUUUUAUUGAAUGUUUGGCUAAAAUCUUGUCAUUACAUUCUUUUCUGCUAAAGCUGAAUGUUACAGAUAAUUUAUCAAAAUAUGAGCGUCUUUAAUUUGUAACUGUUUGUAUUUAGUUUAAUCAGCAGCUAUUUUUUUUAAUUCCAUGUGCCUAUGGUUCAU